CUCGUGCGAAUUACGCUCUCCACUCAAAUUUUCCAUUUUUAUAUGCACAACCACUAUAUAUAUAAAUACUCAUUGCGGGAAGUCCAACUUUCAACCACUGAGAAACAAAACAAAAGAAAAAAAAAAUAUCUGGGAUCAGAAGAAAGAAAAGUUAGCUGCUAGAAAAGUCCUGCGACGAAUUGAAGGUUAAAAAGCAGAGGUUAAGAGAAUAUUCAACUGAAGAUGAAAAGUUACGGUGGAACUAUGAACGAUCAACAGCAGCGAUUGGAUAUGCCGCCGGGAUUUCGAUUCCACCCCACAGAUGAGGAGCUGGUGGUGCACUAUCUCUGCCGGAAAUGCUCCGGCCAGUCCAUCUCUGUUCCGAUCAUCGCCGAUAUCGAUCUUUACAAGUUUGACCCCUGGCACCUUCCUGGUAAGCUCCUACUAGCCAUAUCUCUCCGAGCUUGGUUUGCAAUCUUUGGGUGUUUGAAUUGAAUUUGACUUCUCAAUGUUUGGGUCUGAUUUGAUGCAGGUAUGGCUUUAUACGGUGAAAAAGAAUGGUACUUUUUCUCUCCGAGAGACCGGAAGUACCCGAACGGGUCCCGGCCGAACAGGGCUGCCGGAACAGGGUACUGGAAGGCGACCGGAGCCGAUAAGCCAGUCGGAAAACCGAACACUUUGGGGAUAAAGAAAGCCCUUGUCUUCUACGCCGGCAAGGCCCCUAAAGGUGUCAAGACUAAUUGGAUUAUGCACGAGUACCGUUUAGCUAACGUCGAUCGCUCCGCCGGCAAAAGGAACAAUUCCAGACUUGAUGAUUGGGUGCUCUGCCGGAUAUACAAUAAGAAAGGCACGGUUGAGAAGUUCUACAACCUGCCGGAAGUUCAAGAACAGAAGCCGAACAUAUCCCAGAAUUUACAGAGCAAGGCGGCGCUACUGCAAGCGCCGCGACUGCCGCCGCUGAUUUCGCCGGCGGUGGUGGAGAGCAAGAACGAGUACGUGCACUUCGACACGUCGGAGUCGGUGCCCAAGUGGCACACCGACUCGAGCUGCUGCUCGGAGCAAGUGCUGUCCCCGACGGAGUUCGCCGCCGACCGGGAGGUCCAGAGCGCGCCGAAAUGGGAUGACAUGGACUUCCAGCUCAGCAAUUUCAUCGAUCCUCUAAGAGAUGACCUGUUCAAUGUUCAGCAGUAUAAUAAUCCCUUCCAAGAAAUGUUUAUGUUCACGCAGAAGCCUUGUUAAAUUAGGGGAAAAAACAUGUUUGUAGAGUGCUGAUUGGUGGAUCAUCAUCAUUCAUCCAUCGGAUAUUACUACUAGUUUAGAGCUUAUAAAACGACAUUCUUUGUCCCUGUAAAAACAUUAAUUCAACCGAUUAGUGUCAUGCCAGUAAUUAAGUAUGGCUGAACGAGUCCUAACUUAAAUUAUCAGCGUGGCUAGUUGGGAACUCGGACGUUGGAUUCAUUCAAACGAUUACUGUAAUAGUAUAAUGCCACUAAUCUGUGUUAGGGUAAAACUAUCAAACCUUGUUUAUACGAUCAAUUUAAUUUAAGUUUAAUCUCUUGUAAACAACAAGAAAUAUCAAGUUGUGGUAAAUUGAGUCUUAGGGGGUUUAAAUUAUUUGCUUAUUCAAACUGCUUUUGCUAGAGUGGUUCAUGUGAAACAUUGGAAGCAGUUUCUAAUUCCUUCUAGCCUUCUCUAGAAGGAUUUUUGAAAAUAUGGGGUUUCUAGAAAACAUUGGAACCACCUCCUAGAAAUAUGUUUCUGGAAAUAAAUGUACAAAUGAUUAUAAGUGAUGGUUUUAAUUGGAUCGUAAUUUUC